AAAGCCGCACAAAAUGUCCAACAUGCUGUAUUGGCGGUUAUCUCGACCUCUUUACACCUACUUAUCCGUUAGAUUUGUUUGUUAUCGUCCACUGGCUCCAAUGAUCCGAUACUUUCAUGAAGAUAAGACUGAGGAGUUUAAACAACGACUGCGACAACGAAUGAAAAAGAAUGCUGAGCUAAAAGACGAUGCUGCUAAGGUCAAGCAAAAAGCAUCCCCUACCACCAUAGCAGAGUCCGCUAGCUUAUCUAAAGUUAACGAAACUAAGCCACCGACCAGUAUUAAUGUAAAUGAGAGCAGUCCAAAUCUAUAUGGUGUUGAGUGCCCAAUCCAACUAAAUGCCGACUCUGAUUGUUCAGGGGUUUCCAGCUCCGUGAUUCCAAAUCCAUCUCAAGAUAAGGAUAUCGAGUCGAGUGUGGAGACGUUUGAAAUCAGGGCGAAAACAUUUGUUGAAUCAGCCAAACAUAAGGAAAAGGAAUCUGAGCGCCCACAAGCUGAACAGGCCUCAAAAAAUAGUCAGAAGAAGAAGCCAAAGCUUUCCCCAAGUACUUCAACACCAAUUCAUUUGGAAAGUGUCGACUCACCUAAAAUAGAUUCCCCUGAUCCACUGAAGGAAAAAAGUAAAAGUUUUUCUCUAUUUAGACCUGAAAUACAGAACGAAACUGGUUUAAAAAUAUCAGCAAAAGCUAAGAAAACAUCGGGGUCUCAAAAAGAUUUCAAAAGCUAUGGACUAAACGAAUCAAUUAAAAUUGAACCUUUUAACUCAAAUCAAAGCGUUUCGCAUGAUUCAGGGAAUCAAAAGGGUAAAAACUUUAACCUAUCAAGAACUCAAGUAAAUAAGGAAACGGACAUAAUAUCAACAAAAACUGGGAAAACUGUAGAGUCUUUAAAGGACCUUAGGAGCGAAGGCGGUAAAGAUUCAUUUAAAACUAAAUCUCAAAUCCCAUGGGAAGGAAUGUUCGAUCACUAUACUGAUCCCUAUAUUUCUAAGACAAAGUUGCGAAAAGAAAGCGAUGAGAAAGCUGAAAGUUCCAAAAAUAGGGAAUCCAAGAAUAUGUCUAUGGAUGGGCCAAAGGGGCAAAGCAAGAUUGAAGAAAAUAGAAUUGAACAAUUAUCUCAGGCAGAAGCGGAAGCGGAAGCGAAAGCCGAAGCGGAAGCCGAAGUAGAAGCCGAAUUGGAAGAAGAGAUGAAAAUAGAGCCCAAAGCUGAAGCGAAAGCGAAAGCUAAGGAAGAAACAAGGGCUAAAGUGGAAGCAAAAGCUAUAUCGGAUGCAGAAGCACGAGCUAAAGCGGAAGAGAAAACUAAAGCAGAAGCUAGAGCGGAAGCAGAAGCUAAAGCUAAAGCUAAAGCGGAAGCAGAAGCUAAAGCCAAAGUGGAAGCAGAAGCUAAAGCUAAAGCGGAAGCAGAAGCUAGAGCUAAAGUGGAAGCAGAAGCUAAAGCUAAAGCAGACGCGAAAGCGAAACUAGAAGCAGAAUUGGUCGCCGCAGCUAAAGCAGAGGCUGAAGCAAGAGCAGAAGAAAAAGCUAAAGCGGAAGCGAUUGAGAAACUGAAAGCGGAAUCGGCGGCCGCAGCAAAAGCAGUAGCCGAAGCCAAAGCGGCAGUCAAAGCAAAAUUCAAAUUAGAAGCAAAGGCAGAUCGUGCUCAAAAUGAAAUUAAGUCUCAAACCAAAGUGAAGGCUUUGAAUGAAACAAAAGGCAUACAAGGACAGAGCAAAAGCAAGUCUGAAGAAGCUAAACAAGGUACAGAAAAUGCUUUGAGUUCUAAUAGCAAAAUUUUAAAUUUAAAGAAUAGCACAAUCCAUAAGGAAACUAAACAAACACAACAAGCACAACAAACAUCAACGAACACAAAUUUGGAUACCAAAGGCAAAACUGAACCGGCACAAUCUCAAACAAUUUCAGACGCUGAAGGCAAUAAAAUAUUAGUAAAAGGUGCAGUAAACGAGCUGUUUAGAGGUGAGGCUGACUCAACGAAUGUUCAGAAGCGAUCCACUUUUAAGACAAGCAAAUGGAAUGUCAAACACCUUUUUAAGGAAUCAAAAUCGAAGAAAGAGAUUAAAUCUCCUAAGGUGGAGAAAAACUAUAAGCCUAUUUUCAAGCCUUCUCAAAACAGGCUAGAGACGAAAUCAAUUAUAUUAAUCAAAACUGUACUGGAUAAUUCCCAGAGCUCCACUAAAAAUAGGGACGGAUUAUCCAAAUCAAAAGUCUCUCAGAGCGCAACAAGCAACGUAUCGACCACAUCUGAGAACGAAACUAAAUCUACUAAAGCUGAAAAGCCCUUUCUUAAGAGUAAGCCUUCUCAAGGCCAGUCAAGUAUAUCAAUCAAAUCUGUAUGGAAUACAAAGGACUUUGCAAAGAGUUCACUUAAACAAACAUCUAGCAAUGAUGGCGGACCAAUAAAAUCAGAGAAUGAAACUAAAACUAUUAAAGUUGAACAAAAUCUUAGGAAAGAGCUUAAUCAGGGUCCCCUGACCACGGAUAAUCCCAAGAACAGCAUAAAAUCUAAAGAAGGAUAUCCUCAGAGUGUGUCAAGCAAAAAGAGCGGAACAACUAAGUCUGUGACACCACAAAAUAAAUCGGGUACCAGUGCUAACAUUGAGAAGUGGCUAUCAAGAGCUAAGCAACUAAAGGAUACCCAAGAAAGACCCUUUUGGAAGAAAACGAGCGCAGUAGAUUUAUUUCGCGAAGCCUUCAAACCAAAAGAUCCGUCUAUUCACCCUAGCAAAGAAACGAAGACCAACAGCCCUAACAGUUCCAAGAACCCUACAUCUUCUUCAUCGACAGUUAUCAAGGAUUCGUUUGAGCCGAUCGAUCCCGUGAGGCCUUCGUCUACUUUAGAUCAUAAAAUCUCGGAUGAUACAAUCAAGGCUAAGCCAAUUGAUUUAGUUGCAUCAGGCAGUUCAGUUGUAAAUAGUGGACAGACUCAAUCAAAGCGCAUUUUUAGUCCAGAUAGUAUCAACGUAGAUUUUACCAAAAGUGGACCAAGUUUAAAUCAGGCCGUUUCAUGUGAUACAAAACCAGAGACUACAUAUUACGGAUUCAAAUCCCCUGAGGACAACAAAGCCUUUGACAAAACUGAAAAUAAGAAAAACAACACCGUCGAAUCGCUUCUCCUAAGCAACACCAAGAGCUCAUAUAAGCCAAAGCCAAAGACAUUUAAACCUCGUCCGAUCACAAUUGGUGACAUUAUCGCAAAACUUAGGCAAAGAACUAAAAACGAAAAGUUUAGGAAAGAGAACAUUCAAAAUCUAACUGAAAGUAGCAAGGCUAGAGAAGAUUCUGCGCCUGGUAAAGGGAACCUUACCAAGUCAUCUCUUACUGGAACGCCAAUCGACAAAUUCUCUAAAAAGCCAUAAAAGAGCAAAUGAAACCCCUUUUGAAUCUAUUGAUAUUGAUCAGAGCUAUUUCUGGCCACCGUCUCACUCGGUGGGGAAUUCGGAUAUAGGAACCACUACAACAUCUUACCCAAAAACGCAGUGUGUUGCUUCUGAUGAGAUUCAGAUUCAUAGGAGCUCAACGAAUGCAGAUGUAACAAAUUUAGGAAAGUUUGUAAAUGUUGACCAAAAUGAUAUUUUAGACACAAAUAAAAUUGUAAAUAAGGAACCGACAAAGAUAACCAAUAUGUCAACGGAUGACUUCUCUCCAGAUAAGCUAUAUAAUUCCAAAACAGAAGGUGAAGACCGCAUCCCAGAUAUGUUAGGUGUUCAGGUGGAAGAGGAACCAUUUAAUUUAAUGCCCAUCAACAAACCAGCGAUCG